GGCCCCAGGGCGGCGACGCCGCGCUCGCGGAUUCGGAGAGGGACCAGGCGAGCCUGAGCCGCGAGUCGGCGCCGAGGCGGCCCCUGCAGAAGACGCCCUCGCUGAUGGGCGAGAGCGCCACGGCGCUGGCGAGCACCGCGAGCACCAAGGUCUCGGCGCCGGCCUGGCCGCUCGGCGCGAGCAGGACGCCUUGUCCCACGACGCCGCCCCCCGCCGGGGCCGCGGCGCACCCGCUGGCGCAGCGGAUCCGGAGGCUUCACGAGCAGGCCGCCCCCGCGCUGCGCAGCGGGCUCGCGAGCCAGGCCCGCAUCCUCGAGCUGGAGGUGGACGCCAUGGUCGAGGGCCGCAGCCGGGGCAGGGAUCUCAGGCACUGCCUCUUCGACGUCCCGGGCCGCCGGGAGCACGAGGCCAGGCGCCGGGCCGCCGCGGCGGAGCUGCGGCAGGUGGCGCCGAGCCUGCGGGCGGCGGUGGAGGAGGUCUGCGCGCUCUCGGAGCUGGCGGACCUCGCGGAGCAGGCGGCCCACGAGCUGGACGAGCUCGAAGGGGACAUGCAGGUGCUCAACGCGCAGCUGCUGCACGACCUGCCCGAGCACCUCCUGCAUGCCCUCGUGGACCUCCGCGCAGGCGCCGGCGCGAGGUCUGGGAACGUCGACAACAUGUUACAGUGGGCCGUGGAGAAGGGGCGGAGAGACAUCGUCGACUUCGUGCGAAAACAGGACCUGGGCGAGGCCGAGGAGGGCCAGCUCCCCCGGACCUACCAGGAACUGCUGCACCAAAUCGAGCGCUUCGGAUGGGACAGGAUGCAAUGGAAGGACGGUUUCACCAUGCUCCACUGGGCCGCGGACAAGGGCCAAGAGCGGCUCUGCCUGUACCUUACCAGGCUCGGCGCCGACCUCCGCGCGCGCGACGGGCGCGGCCGCACGCCCCUCGACUGCGCGCUGGCGGCGGGGCACCGGGGCGCGGCGCAGGUGCUGCAGGGAAGCCUGCUCGUGGAGCCCGCGUCCCUGGCCGCGGCGCGGUGA